AUGAAGAGCAUAAAAAUAUUACCCGUAUUUUAUUUGGUGACAUUUUUUUUGCACAACUAUAAUGAGAUAAAAUGUAACAAAGUAUACAUAUCUGGAGAUAAUUUUAUGCCUUGUUCAGAAUGUAAAGAUAUAAAUAAGUGUGGUGGUUGUUUGUUUGAUAACAAUGAGUUUUUACCUAGUGCAAUAGAAUUAAAAUUGACGAAAAAAAACAGGGAUAACAAUAAUCAUGAUAAUUUAAAAAUUCACCAUGAUUCAUUAAAAUUAGGAAAUGUAAAAUAUUAUGUAAAAAGAGGAGAAGGUGUUUCAGGAAGUUUUGGGAAUGCUUCAGGAAAUGACAUAAACAGUAUGGCUAAGAUUCAUAAUGAAAUAAAAAAUCGAACAGAAAAUAAGGAAGAAAAUAAAUCGUCUUUAAGUUUCAUUGAUCAUAUUAAUAAUAAUCUGGGAGAAGGAAAAGGAGGUUAUAAUUUUUCAAGAAUACAAAAACAUGAACAGGAUGGAGAUAAAAUAAAUGCACAAGAAGAAUUUGAGAAAAUAAAAAGUCAAGUUGUUGAUAAAUCUGUAGUUUCAUUCUCUGAUCGUGUUUUAGAUGAAAAUGAAGGUCAAACUCAGCCUUCCAAAGGUGUGACUGUUGAAGAAACAAGUGAUAAUGUGUUUUUAGUUCCUUUACAACAUUUAAGAGAUAGUCAGUUUGUUGGUAAGUUAUUAGUAGGUACACCUCCUCAAGAAAUUCAUCCAAUAUUCGAUACAGGAAGUACAAAUUUAUGGGUAGUUACAACUGAAUGUAAAGAAGAUUCAUGUAAAAAAGUACAUCAAUAUAAUCCUAAUAAAUCUAAAACAUUUAGAAGAUCUUUUAUAAAACAAAAUUUGCAUAUUGUUUUUGGAUCUGGGUCAAUAACUGGUACAUUAGGUAAAGACAAUUUUAUAUUGGGCAAUCAUAUAAUACGCAAUCAAACUUUUGGGUUAGUUAAAAGUGAAACUAGUGAUAAUUUAAAUAAUGCUGAUAAUGUUUUUGAAUAUAUAAAUUUUGAAGGUAUAGUAGGGUUAGGUUUUCCUGGUAUGCUAACUGCAGGAAAUAUUCCAUUUUUCGAUAAUUUAUUAAAACAAUAUAAAAAUAUGACACCUCAAUUUUCUUUUUAUAUAUCUCCAAAUGAUGAAACAUCUACAUUUAUAGUUGGUGGAAUAAGCAAAUCAUAUUAUGAAGGAGAUAUAUAUAUGUUACCUGUUGUUAAAGAAUAUUAUUGGGAAGUUAAGUUAGAUGCUAUAUAUAUAGGAGAUGAAAAAAUAUGUUGCGAAGAGGAAAGUUAUGCAAUAUUUGAUUCAGGAACUUCUUACAAUACAAUGCCUAGUACUCAAAUAAGUAAUUUUUUUAAGAUUGUUUCAUCAAAACCAUGUAAUGAAGAAAAUUAUAACAAUAUAUUAAAAGAAUAUCCAACUAUAAAAUAUGUUUUUGGAAAGUUAGUAAUUGAACUAUUACCCAAUGAAUAUAUGAUUGUAAAUGACGAUUUAUGUGUUCCAGCUUAUAUGCAGAUCGAUGUUCCAUCAGAAAAUAAUAAUGCUUAUCUUCUUGGAACUAUAGCUUUUAUGAGACAUUACUUUACAGUUUUUGUAAGAGGGCAAGAAGGGAAUCCAUCUAUGGUUGGGGUGGCAAAAGCUAAACAGGUUUAA